AUGAAUUACAUGUUGCCACUCUCCUAUGCCUGGGGAAAUUUCAGUGUCCUUGCAGUGGGGAUCUGGGCCAUUGUGCAGCGAGAUUCCCUUGAUGCCAUAACGAUGUUCUUGACUGGCCUGCUGCUCACAGUCCUCACAGACAUCAUUCACAUCUCUAUCUUCUACCCUUCGCACGACCUCCUCAGUGAUGCCAAGCGUUUCAGUAUAGGCAUGGCCAUCUUCAGCCUCCUCCUCAAACCCGGGUCCUGCUACUUGGUGUAUCGGAUGUAUCGGGAGCGGGGAGGAGAGUACACCUUGAACAUAGGUGUCACCAGUGCAGGCCGGGACAGCAGCACCUAUGAGCCCAUUGAUCAGCCAGAUGCUCCUCCACAGUGGCCUUCCUCAAGCAAGGCAGCCCAGCCACCAUACUGA